AUGAUCCUCUGGCUCGUCGUCGCCGCCGGCGCCCGCGUCGCUGCCAAGGCGCCAGCCGGCCAUGGCACCGUCCGCCAUGGCACCAUCCACCAGACGAAAAGGCACCAUCCGCAUCCCGCUCGCAUCCCGCAGGCGACCACGCUCAACACGCCGCGCUCCAACGCGACGGCACCAACUAAACACACCGGCGAAAACUACGGCCUCGGCAAGCCGAACCUGCUCAUCUUCAACCUCGACGACGCGGGCUACGGCGACCUGCCCGACAACGAGGGCUCGGCGUUAUCGGCGAGCGACGCGCCGCACCUCGCGGCGCUCGCCGCCGAGAGCCUGCGGCUCACGGACUUCCACGCGGCGGCGUCGGUCUGCACGCCGAGCCGCGCGUCGCUCUUGACGGGGCGCUUCGCGAUGCGCUUCGGCCUCAUCGCGGUCCUGGGUCACGGCGACGCGCGCGGCCUGCCCUUUUCGGAGCGGACGCUGCCCGAGAUGCUGCGCGACGGCGCGGGCUACGUGAGCGCUAUGGCGGGCAAGUGGCAUCUGGGCAACGGCGACGCGCACCACCCGAGCCGCCACGGCUUCGACGAGGCGCUCACCAUGCCCUGGAGCCACGACAUGGGCUGCUUCGAGCCGUGGCCCUGCAGUUACGGCCGCGACGUCUUCGUCCACGCGGCCAUGCGCGCGCCGACGGCGAAGCUCCGGCGGUCCUACGCCGACUGGCUCUUCGCCUUCUGCCGGCGCGGCGGCCAGCCCUCGCAGGGCCUCGACUUUCGGAAGUUGAACGUCAAGUACGACCCGCGGUGCCCCGCGGAGCCCUGCGGAAAAAAAGGCAGGCGCCUCGCCUUCCGCGGGGACCCGCUCCAGCACUGGCGCGACGCCGCAAACGCCGAGAACCUGCCGGGCCACGCCCUGUCGAUCCCGCUGACGUGGACGAACGCGUCGUGCUCCGGGCAAAACUCCUGCGAGGCGCUCGUCGUCGAGCAGCCCGCGGCGCCCUGGCGCCUCGGCGCCAAGUUCGUCGCCUUCGUGCGCGGCUUCGUCGGCCGCGUGACGAGCCGGGUGAGCCACGCGCCGGACGAGCCCGGCGCCGCGUACCGGCCGUUCUUCGUCUACGUCGCGCCGCACGCGCCCCACGGGCCCUGGGUGCCCGCGCCCGAGUGGCAGCGGACGCCGCGCAACAUGACGCGCGACACGCCCUUCGCGGCCUAUUUGGACACCAUGGCCGAGGUCGACGCGACGCUCGGCGGCGUGCUCGACGCCUUCGAACGCGUGAGGAACGACACGCUCGUCGUCGUCACGAGCGACAACGGCCAGUUCGAGCAGCUCGCGACGAAUUUUCACACGCGGAGCAACGGGCCCUUCUCCGGCGGCAAGUUCAGCCCCCGCGAGGGCGGCCACCGCGUCAUGGGUUUGUUGCGGUGGCCCGGGGUCAUUCGACCGGGCGUCUCCGACCGCUUGUUGUCGCAGCUCGACGUCGUGCCGACGUUCCUGGGCCUCGUCGCGCCCCGCGCGCUGCCCGGCGUGCCCCUCGACGGCGAGGAUUUAGGGCCCUGGCUCUUCGGCGGGAACGAUACGGCGCCGGGCGAUCGGACGCUCCUCGUCUGGCACUGCUGCGGCGCGCAGUUCCACGCCGCGCGCGUGGGCCGCUACAAGGUCUGGUUCGAGAACGACGCCAAAAUCGCCCCGGGGUCCAUCUACGACCUCGCGGACCGGCCCGACGAGGCCCGGCCCGCGGCGCCGCCCGACGACGACGCCGCGGAGAUCCGGGCGAGGGCGUACGCCGCGACCGAGGCGUUCUUCGCGUCCCAGGACUGGCCCAGGUCCGAGCAGGACCACGCCACGUCCUGGACCUGGCGCCACUUCCCCGAGGACGACCGGGGGCCGCCGCUCGUGGCGACGUGCUGCGACCGGAAGCGCGUCGACUGCCGCUGCCCGUUCCCUGGCGGCGGCCUCGCCGCGCUCGCGACGCGCGCGCCCUUCGAGUUCGCCCGGACCUUCCCCGACGACGACCCGCGCUGCGAGGCACCGCCGGGCAUGGCCCGCCGGGCCCUCCUGCUGGCGGGAUUUCUGGCGGCCGCCAGCGGCGACGACGGCCUGCUCCAGAUCCGCCUCGCGACGCUCGAGAGCGACAUCGACGCGCUCCUGACGGUGCCCUGGCCGCCCCUGGCCGUCACGGCCCAGGUCUUCGCGACGGGGCUCGUCGGGUCCAGCGUCGUCGGCGACCUCGCCUCCGACGACGACCUGCGGAGCACCCUCUGGCUCCUCAUCCGGUCCAUGCGGGCCCAGGCCGCGGUCUACAUGAUCUACGUCGGCGACGAGAACGGGACGUUCGUCGGCUACUACGGCGAGGGCCAGACCAAUCGCGGCGGCGACUUCUACUACACGAUGCUCGACGGGCCCGCCUGCGACUUCUCCGGGGCCUGCCGCAAGUACUUCGACGUCGACCAGACGUCGGGCCAGCCCCCCUGCGACGGCGACGCGGAAGUGUACGCGGUCGGCGAGUUCUGCUUCGCCGACGACUACUACGACGUCGCGUCCUACGACCCGCGCGCGCGGCCCUGGUACGCCGGCGCGCUGGAGACGGCGGCGAGUGCGUCCUGGAGCGACGUCUACAUCUUCGCGGACGACGCCGCGCCGGGCAUCUCGGCCGUGGACCGCCUCUACGACGCGGACGGAAGCUUCGCGGGCGUCGCGGCCGUGGACUACAAGCUCUCGGCGAUCGAGGGCCUCGUCGCGGCGGCCUACAACUACUCGGAGGACGGGUCCAUCGCCUUCAUCGUCGAGCCCGACGGCGACCUGAUAGCGGCGAGUCUGCCGAACGUCGCGCUCGCGUACGACGCGUCGGGGGACCUCGCGCAGGUGCCCGCGGCGGACUGCAGCGCGCCUCUCAUCCGCGCGGCCUACGCCCACGGCGGUGAUAGCGAGUUGGACCUGCUGACCGUCGACGGCGCCCAGUACUGGAUCCUGCGGUCCGUCCUCGCGGACGCGUUCGGGUUGCGGUGGAACUUCACCGCGCUGCACCCCACGGAGUGCCCCGCGGGCUACGGCCUCGAGGGCCUCGCGUGCGCCCAGUGCGACCCCGAGGACCACAUGACGUCCGACGCGGGCUCGACGCUCUGCGACACCUGCGCCGAGGGCUACUACAAGUACGCGAAGGACGGCGAGCAGCGGUGCGCGGCGUGCUCCGACGCGGGCGACUGCGACGACCUGGGGCUGGACCCCGACGGCCCAACGUCGCUCGUCCACGUCGGCUUCUUCGGCGGCUUCGCGGACCCGGACAACGCGUCUUUGAGUGUGGGCGGGGGGCUCCUCGAGGCCGCGGCGAUCGCGGCGAUGGCCGCGGACCACUUCAACGCGAGGAACACCACAAUAAUCGACUGGGGCGUCGGCGACUGCGACGCCAAACUCCAGCUGACGUUCCACGAGACGCGCACGGUCGCCUCCGAGGGCAUCCCGGCCUACUACGACGCGAACGAGUUCCUCGACGUCGUCGUGGGCCCCGCGGCGUCCGCGGUCGCGGAGCCCCUGGCGACGCUCGCGGAGAUCGACGACGUGCCGCUGAUCUCCUACGCCGCCGGGUCGGCGCUCCUCGACGAGUACGCCUACUUCGCGCGCGCGAACCCGUCCGUGGAGGCGUCCGCGGACGCCGUCGCCGACUGGUACGCGACGCACGGCUGGUCCCACGCGGCGAUCCUCUACGAGAAGACGAACACCUACGGCCUCACGGCCAUGGAGGCCUUCCGCACGGCCGCGGGCUUCCGGGGCGUGAGCGUCGCGUCGUCGGGCUACGACGCGGGCGAUGCCGGCAGCCUGGGGUCCGCGCUCGAUUCCGUGCUCGCGGCGACGUACGACGUCGUCUACGCGAUUUUGGACCCGUCGGACCUCGGCCUGCUCGUCGCCGCGGCGGCGGACCGCAACGUCACGGGCGGCGACCUCCACUGGGUCUUCGGCGACUCGCCGUCGGCGGCGGACGUCGAAGCGGCCGCGGCCGCCGGCUACGCGGACGUGCUCCGGGGCUCGACGCAGGUCUACGCGGUCGACCGCUCGCGCGACGACGCCACGAACGCGGCUUUUGAUGUUGCCUACGCAACACAAAGCGUCGAGGCGUUCAACCGGCGCAGCAAGAUGGCGGGCCCGCGCGCGGUCCUGCCGGCCGGCUUCUUCGACGCGGAGCCCGACGCCGCGGCGCGGAGUCGCUUCGCGUACGACGCGGUCGCGGCCGUCGGCCUCGCCGCCUGCGCCGUCGGCCCGGGCGUCGCGGGGAGCGCCCUGCGCGACGCCCUCUGGGCGUCGCGCUUCGCCGGGGCGACGGGCGCCGUGGAGCUCGCGAGCGACACGGGGUCGCGCGACGCGUCGACGGUGACGUUCGUCGCGUCCAACUACGUGGGGAACGGCAGCGCCCUGAGCGUCGUCGGCGUGGGCACCUGGGAGGCCGGGCCCCAGCGGGGCCGGGCCUGGCUCAAGGGGAGCUGGUCCAUGGAGGAAGAGGUCGUCUUCUACGACGGCACGUCGACGCCGCCCCCGGACACGUCGGGCGACGACUCCGCGUCCUGCGGCGCGGGCCUCUACCUCGCGCGCGGCGUCUGCACGGCGUGCCCCGCGGGCACCUACCAGCAGCUCGCGGUCAACGAGGGCGGCGCGAACUCGUGCCAGCGGUGCGACUCGACGUCGUUCGCGGCGGCGCCGGGCUCGUCGACGUGCGAGAGCUGCGGCGCCGACGCCUUCAUCCUGGGAUACGCGCUCGGGUCGACGUCCCGGAACGACUGCGCGUGCCUCGCGGGCACCUACGCGGACGGCUACCCGCUGACGCGGUGCCGGAGCUGCCCCGACGACGCGUCGUGCGACGGCGGCCUCACGGGGCCCUACCCGAAGCGCAACUUCUGGCUGAGCGGCGUCGAGUACCGGUCGACGGUCGAGGCCUACCGCUGCAAGCACGCCUACCUCUGCCCCGGCGGCAAAGGGCCCGCGACGUGCGCGUCCGGAGACUACGGGCCGAACAACUGCGUCGACGCGGACAACGGCAACGUGAGCCUCACGGACCACGACUGGUGCGCGACGGGCUACUCGCCGAAGCAGCCCCUCUGCGAGGGCAACAAGCACGGCUUCUUCUUCAUCGACACGCAGGCGACGAGCUGCCCGGACAUGAACGCCGCGCUGUUUACCGUUUUGUGCUGGAUCGGGCUGCUGGGGUCCUUCGUCGUCAUCAACGACGUCAUCCGGCCCCAGUACCCCAUGCUGGACGUCGUGCUGGGCACCUACCAGGACCUGGGCAUCGUCGGCGGCCUCUGGUUCCACUGGCCGCGGUCGCUGAACACGGUCUUCUUCGUCUUUACGAUCGCGCUCUUCGACGUCGACAUCUACUCGCCGACGUGCUGGUUCCCGACGUGGUCGUCGACGCACACCUUCGCUUUGAUGCUCACGCUGCCCCUCUUCUUCUGGGUCGUCAAGGCCGUGCGGUUCCUGCUGACCACGAAACGGGACGAGAACGCGAAGGACGACCUCCUGUGCAGCGGCCUGAGCUUCUUGGUCGGCUCCCAGGCGUCGCUCAUCACCUACUGCCUCCGCCCCUUCGCCUGCCGGAGCAUCGCGGGCGUCGGGCGCGUCCGCGCGCACGACCCGACGAAAGCGUGCGGCACGGACGCGAUCUGGUACAUGCGCGUCGCAGUGUGGAUUCCACCCACUGGUUUGGGGGGUCCCCACCAAACUUCAGAACUCUCUAUCUCAAUCAAAUCGACGUCGAUUCGGCUGAUUUUUGGACGGAUCGAUCGCUCUCGUCGAGUUCUCGAAGCACGGCAGAAAGCCUCGCGUCGAAACUGUCGCGUACGCUCACAUUGA